AUGUCACACUUCGACAAUGUCCCGCCGCUUGAAAGACUCGUCGACGACUAUGCAUUUGGACAUCGCGUGAUGGAGGAUUCUCCAUUUCACGCCUUCAGAGUCCGGGCCUUGCGCCACUGGAUUCAGCUUUGUCACCUCAUCCAAUCGGAAGGCAUGAGCAGUUUUAACGAAGAGGAAAGAAACGCCUUCUGGAUCCUCAGAGAUUUUGUCGCUUCCUCCUAUGCCGUGACAGGGCACAUCUUCAUGGACAUGUUCGAGAGCAUUGGGUGCGUGCACUAUUGCCGCGCGCACCCUGACCACUCAUUUUUGUCGGCGGUGAACGCCUUGAAGUCCGAAGUCGAGACUCGUUUUCGCGAGCUUCGUGAGCAGGGGUAUAUGCCAGAAAACGAUCAUGUCGGGCAAGAUUAUUGCGAUCUGAUGAUGACGAUGUAUUCAAUUGAAAUGUACGCCGGCUCAGAACCUUACCAUUGCGGCCACAUUAGGUCGCGAAUCCGGCGAAAAGCGGCCUUGUCGGCCUAUCAGAAGUCGGAGCCGGGAGCUGUGAUGACUGACGACGUGGAAUUCAUCCAGCGCGGCCCGCUCAUCCGGCCUUGCCCAUGGCUAGAUCACAAUGCGGAGAAAUCGGAAGCUCUGCAGGGGUGGCCCGAAUACCUUUGGCACGUUCAAGAAAAACAGCUUGUUUAUCUCGGAAGUGAUCCAGAACGGCGGAAAAGAUUUCGACUCCAUCAAGAUGCUGAUAUCGGCCGCCCCGAGUAUAUCGCCAUCAGUCACACCUGGGGGCGAUGGACCAAGGACGAUGAAGCUGGGUAUAAAAUGCCCAAUGGUUUCGAGUAUCCCAUUCCGAGAAAUAAGACCUUCGAGGUUGAAGAGAUGCCACGGUAUUUAUGCGACUUUCAGAGGAUCAACAACUUCUCCGCAGACUACGUUUGGCUGGAUUUGCUCUGCAUACCGCAAGGCGACGACGAAAUUUUGAAAGCACUCCUCUUCCUCGAGCAGGUGGAUAUUCUCAUGCUUGCCGAUAGCCGCCACUGCACCGGCAGACGAGCCGAGGCCAUCAUGUCGGCUCUUGGCGCCACCAGGUGGUUCGACCACGUCCGUCAGAAGAUUUAUAAUCCCGAGUCAGACCUGAUUAUGGAUAAGUACCCGGCCAGGUUCAUUGAAGAGGUCCGGCAACUCAUCCCCAACGAGUUCAUGACGUCUUAUAUCAAGGCGCCAACCGAGUGCCUUACUAGAAGUGGCCAAGAAGCACUUGAUUUGAUACUAAACGGAGUAGAUGGCAAGAUCCUGAUUACCCUUUACGAUUUGCGUCAUGUGCUUGGAGAUGACAUUUUUCAAGACUAUAAUAUCAGUGACGACAUCGGGGCUGGCGGCUCGCUUCUCCCAUUCAGCCGCAGGCAACAUGAAUACACCAACUUGCGAAAGGAUAAUUUCCCCGGGGCAGUCCAGGCCCAUAAAUCACUCGAAAAGUGGCAUAUCGAGAAGUCUGGUAGGGUGCACAUCACGACGGCGUGCAUCUUGUCGUCGAAUAAGUCACCGGUCGUCCUAGACGACUCCAAGGUCCAGUCCGUCAAAUUCAUGGGGUUUGUCCCGAGCGCCAUGGAAAGAGCAGACGAGGAGAGUCAGCCCAGUGACGACUCCAACGACAACUCAGAUCCUACGUCCAACGCUCAAAUAGAGGACAUGCAUUUAUGGGUGGCGUCCAGGACGUUCGAGGUCCACUUGAAGCCCCUAGGCCGCCUGGACCACUUCGGCCGCCUCGAUCCCCUCUGCCAUCUAGGCCCGGACGGCCUGACCGAAGCGCAUCUCGGCCUCCUCGAAGACGGCAUCUAG